GUAGGACAUUCACCAUCAGAGGUUCACUCCAGGAACAAGCUCUCCAGACAGGACACCAUGUCUGUGCGCCUCUCUUCUGCAUCCAGACGACUUGGCCCUUGCGGGGGAGCAGGCUCUGCGCGGCUUUCUAGUGGGGGAGCAGGUUUGGGGGCUGGAAACACAUGCGGUAUGCCAGGUAUUGGAAGCAGUUUCUCUUGUGCCUUUGCGGGAAGCUCAUCUGCAGGAGGCUAUGGCGGGGCUCUGGGCACGGGGGGUGCCUCCUGUGCUGCCUACCUGGGCAGUGAACAUGGCCUCCUCUCUGGCAACGAGAAGGCGACCAUGCAGAACCUCAACGACCGCUUGGCCUCCUACUUGGAGAAUGUGCGAGCCCUAGAGGAGGCCAACGCUGACCUGGAGCAGAAGAUCAAGGGGUGGUAUGAGAAGUUUGGGCCUGGUUCUUGCCGAGGUCUUGAUCAUGAUUACAGUAGAUUCUUCCCAAUAAUUGAUGACCUUAGGAACCAGAUAAUUUCUGCAGCUACAAGUAAUGCCAAUGUGGUCCUACAAAACGAUAAUGCAAGACUAACAGCUGAUGAUUUCAGACUAAAGUUUGAAAAUGAACAGGCCCUUCACCAGAGCGUUGACGCGGACGUGAGCGGUUUGCGCAGGGUCCUGGAUGAGCUGACUCUGUGCAGAACCGACCUGGAGAUCGAGCUGGAAACCCUGAGCGAGGAGCUGGCUUAUCUCAAGAAGAAUCAUGAGGAGGACAUGAAGGCUCUGCAGUGCGCGGCCGGAGGCCACGUGAACGUGGAGAUGAACGCGGCGCCCGGGGUGGACCUCACGGUUCUGCUGAACAACAUGCGGGCGGAGUACGAAGACCUGGCCGAGCAGAACCGCAGGGACGCGGAGGCCUGGUUCCACGAGAAGAGCGCUUCGCUGCAGCAGCAGAUUUCUGACGACGCUGGUGCCACCACCUCAGCUCGGAAUGAGCUGACUGAGAUGAAGCGAACUCUUCAAACCCUGGAGAUUGAACUUCAGUCCCUCUUAGCGAUGAAAAACUCCCUGGAGUGCUCCCUGACCGAGACCGAAGGCAACUACUGCGCGCAGCUCGCCCAGAUCCAGGCUCAGAUCGGCGCCCUGGAGGAGCAGCUGCACCAGGUCAGAACCGAGACCGAGGGCCAGAAGCUCGAGUACGAGCAGCUCCUCGACAUCAAGGUGCACCUGGAGAAAGAGAUUGAGACCUACUGCCGCCUCAUCGGUGGAGAUGAUGGUUCUUGUGUUAAAUCAAAAGGCUAUGGAGGACUAGGAAAUCAGAUAAAAGAUUCACCUAAAACCACCAUGUUUAAAACAAUUGUUGAAGAAAUAGAUCCUCGUGGCAAAGUUCUCUUAUCCAGAGUUCACACUACGGAAGAGAAAUCCACCAAAAUCAACAACAUGAAGAGUGAACAGAGGGUGCCUUCCUGAACCCCAAAAAAAUGGCCCCUAAAUUAAAAUACCAAAUUAAAACUAGGUUCCAAAAUAAGGGCCCUCUUACUUUCCUGCUUUUCUUCCAAUGAAUUAAGACAAUCUGUUUUAGAAUAGUGACAUUUCCUUGGCUUUUUCUAUGGUGGUGUUUCAAUAAAAGUUCUUCCUGUUGCAAGUCA